AUGCAGAAGCUUUUUGAAAAGCUCUCGCUUGAAGACCUUCCUGAUGAAGCCUGCGUAAGUUGCAGGGGUUUCGAACGUGCCUCCAUAAGCCACUUUCCGGCGGAACCACUACACUUUUUCGACGAAGUCAAAGAGAUUGGCACGAUGACGCAUUGGAUCGACUCUGACAAGUUCGAGCUGGGACGUAAGCAGAGCGCACCACAUCUUAAAAAAGACUUAGGGCUCUUCACCAUUACUAAGAAGCUGGCCAAGACCAACAGCUAUGUUGGGCAUGACUUGUUGGAGCACUAUGACGAUUUCCAGCCCUUGACGCCAAACCAGCUAGAAGACAUGAGCGGCGUGUUUGAAUUUCUCAACAAGUGGGAGGGGGACCAUGGAAAGCCCUACAGUUCCGGUAGCGAUUUUACCAUAGUGUGUUCUAGACACAACCUGAUUGACCUCAUCAUGGCGCCUUUCUCAGACGAAGAUGUCCACUUCAACGUUAAAUACAUCAACGGGUACCUCCACAUUUUCCCUGACAAGCAAUUUCAAAAGAAGGAUGAUGGCAUUUACUCUUCGGAAUCGAACAUAAGAAGGAUAUGCUACACUGGAUUUGAACUUGAAGACUUGGUGACUGAAACACAACCGGGUGCGCCCAAGUCUGCCUUCUACUCUUUAGUGCAGGGGAAAAUAAGCAAAAAUAUCAAACUUCUAUUCAAGGCCGAGAUGGAUUGCUUCAAUCCUGCAAAACGCAGCUACACCGAGAUCAAGUGCACGACUGGACUGAAAGUUAAGAGCGCGUUCCAUCGUCGGAAGCUCCUCCGCAUGUGGGUGCAAACCUCAUUGGUACCCUCAACAGACCUUUUGAUAGGAUUGAGAGACCCGUACUACCAUCAAUUGAGUUCCUUCGAGUGUUAUACUAGACAGGAACUAUAUCAAAAGUUCAAUAACCGAAAUCUGAGCUUGCUCAAAAAGAAAUACAACUACAAUGCCAAUAUCUCUGUUCAGUGGUUUCGACACCUGGUGAAACGGCUUUGCCAGACAAUUACUCCUUAUGUUGAAAAGACUCCAACAGAAGCUGUGAGUUUUAAAUUAACUCUUACCAAGCAAUUAGAGCUUCGGCUGCGAAAAAUUGAAACUCCCUCGACAGCAAAAGAGUCACCUAAGCCAAAACCCGCGCAUGCCCAAAGCUAG